GGGCAUUCCUACAUCUUUCCUUCGAUACAUAAUCAUGAUGAUUCAAUCCUCAAUUCCGCUUGUUCUGUUAGCUCUUCCUGUUUUUGCAGUUCUAUCCAGUGCUCAAGAUUUUGAUUUCUUCUACUUCGUUCAACAGUGGCCAGGUUCAUAUUGUGAUACUAAGCAAAGUUGCUGCUAUCCAACCAGCGGAAAGCCACUCGCUGAUUUCGGAAUCCAUGGCCUGUGGCCCAACAAUAAUGAUGGAUCGUACCCAUUGAACUGUGAUAGCCAUAAUCCUUUCAAGUCAUCGGAAAUUAAGGAGUUAAUCGGUCAAAUGCAAAAGCACUGGCCCACCCUAGCAUGCCCAAGCAACGAUGGCUUAAAAUUCUGGGGACAUGAAUGGAACAAGCAUGGAACUUGCUCUGAAUCGGUUCUCGAUCAGCAUUCCUACUUUGAGACUGCUCUCAGGCUUCAAAAAGAGACUAAUCUCCUUGAGAUUCUGAGAGAAUCUGGAAUCAGACCAGGUGGCUUUUACAGGCUGGAUGAAAUCAAGGAAGCAAUAAAGGAAGGUCUAGGAUUUGCACCAGGCAUAGAAUGCAAUAGGGAUGAAUCGGGUACCAACCAACUGUAUCAGAUUUUCCUAUGUGUUGAUAAUUCAGGAAAGCAGAUCAUUGAAUGCCCCGUGUUUCCAAGAAGCAAGUGCCGUGAUAAGGUCGAGUUCCCAGUCUUCCCAAGUAUCACAGAAGAGGGUCAAAGUUCUUUUGAAUGAUGUAAUAAUAGAUAGAUUAGCAAGCACAGCUGUUUGUUUUCUUUGAUGAUUGCAAUUUAAGUACCUUGGUGCUUAACUAGCAGUUAAUGUUACUUUGGUUAGGCCUAUCCGGGUAUCAAUAAAGUGAUCUUUUUCUGCA